AUGGUGAGAAGAUGGUGGAGCUCGACGAAUACUGGUGGUAGAGGGUCAUCAGAAAUUGAAACCCAAACACACAGACACACGCAAUCUAACGCAAAGCACCCACAUCGAUUGGAAACAAUCUCAUCAAUAGGAUUGAGUCCACAUCGACUUGUAGGUUUGCUUAAACAAAAAUGGAGAUUCACAGUGAGUCUCUUGUCUCGAUCGGACGAAGCAAAUAAGAGGGGGAAGGCAAUCACCUUCAAAUCAGAGUGGUGGCUGGACAGAGAGGGUCGACGGAAGCAACAUUCGGAGGUGGCGAUGGUUCACAGCAGUGGCAGCAACGAGGUGGUGUUCGGUGACGGGUGGCAAGCGAUAGCAGCUCCGCUGCCUCGUUCCCUUUGCGUCUGGCAGCACACGACGAGGAAGACGAGGGAGGAGGGGAGAGUUUGGUGGUGGUCAAAAACUGUGGUGGUAGGAGGGUAA